AUGGACGGCCGCCGCCCUUCUCCUCACGCCGACGACCCCACUUGCGGCGGCGGAGGGGCCAACUCCUCCAUCACGCCCCAAGAGCCCGAAGUCUCCUCCCCAGCUGCCUCUCCUCCCCGCGCGCACCACUCCGGUCAGCCGGGGAGGUCGAUCUUCGUCAACGAGGACACGAGUGGCGGUCCGACCAUUGGCGCCACCUCGUCCUCCGCCUGGGGACCUGUCGAAGACCGAGAAUCCAAGAUCACGGACAAGACCGUCGCCCCCUUCCUCUUAGGGCCGCGGCGUUUGAGCAGCCCAACGGGGGGCUCGGACUCGGACUCCGACGACGACGACGACGACCGCUGGGGCGGCUUCAGCGACCGUACAUGCGGCGGCGCCUCAACGUCGCUGAGCUCUCCCGACGCCUACGACUACCGGACCUUCUUCGCCGACCCACCUCCACCUUCCUACGAGGAGACGCAUCACGAGAUUCUUGGACAUUCUUUUUGGAGACAUGAGGAUGCGCCAUGUGAUGAUACAUCGCAGAAUGGCGGCCCCAAAAUUCAUGAAAAGGAGCCUUUAUCAUCUCUAGAGUCCGAAUUUGUAUACGAACCUAUGAAAGAUAAAUCAAAUAAGCUUUUGGCUAAUUACUCUGAAUACCGGAAAGUAGCUGGAGAUGGGAGUUGCUUCUACAGAUCGUUCUUAUAUUCAUAUCUGGAGCAGCUUGUGAAAGUAUCUCCUGACGAGGAACUACGCUUAAUUGGGACGCUUGAACCAUUGUUGGAGAAGUUCCAAAGACUUCAUUUGCCUGGUUCAUAUGCUGAUGGUCAUAAUGCUUUUGUGAACUUGAUACUAAGAUGUAUGGACCAAAAACAAACUCUAUCAGUAAGUGACUAUGAAGAUUGGCUUUUCCAGGAGAGUCAGAAUGAGCAGAAUUUUGCAAAUAUCAUAUCCUAUCUUCGACUGGUGACAGCGAUUCAGAUAUGCACUGAGGUUGAAAAGUUUAGCGAUGCCAUACCUGAGCUUGAUCCAUUGUAUCCUGAAGGGUGGUGCAGAGGGAAAGUCAUCCCAAUGGAGAAAGAUGCAUUGGAAGUCCAUCUGGUCGCGCUCACGGACGUAUUACAUGUGCCCCUUCGGAUUGUCAUUAUUGACAUUUCACCGAUUGCGGAGCCAAACAUCCACACAAUCUACGAGUCACCAGAGGCUUUUCCCGUAGUUCCUCGUGUGACGCUGCUGUGUAGGCCAGGGCACUACGAUAUCAUCUACCAGUAGUACUUGUAGGAAGUCGUGGAUACCGUAGCAUGAGAUAUACUAUGGUCAAGCCUUAUCAGAGUCAGGUUACAUGUAAAUUACUCAUGUUGUGUACACAUGGUGCACUGAUUCUAUCCUUUCUGCAUACGUACAGAAAUCUAUAAGAUUUCUUUCUGGGUUAGGAAAACGUGGCUGAAAUUAUGUGCUGGAAGGAGCAGCAAGUUUAGAACUACGACAUUUUUAUCGAAAUUAUGUGCUGGAACGAGCAGCAAGUUUAUGA